ACAUGGCAGGAGCUUGAUCGACGUAUUACUGACACGGCUAACGAGGCCAAGGACAACGUGAAAUUUCUCUACACCUUGGAGAAAUUCUGUGACCCUCUCUACAACAGCGAUCCUGUUGGAAUGUUGGAAGGUAUUCCAGGACUGAUCAAUGCCAUCAGAAUGAUCCACAGUAUCUCCAGGUACUACAAUACCUCUGAGAGAAUGACCUCACUCUUUGUCAAGAUCACAAAUCAGAUGAUCACCGCCAGCAAGGCUUACAUCACAAACGGAGGGUGCGAGACAGUCUGGUCUCAACCUCCGGGCGAGGUCAUCAAGAAGCUCAAUGACUGUAUUCGCCUGAACGAGGAGUAUCAACGAUGCUUCCACAAGACCAAAGAAAAGCUCGAGAAAAUGCCCAAUGAGAGACCAUUUGAGUUUUCCGAGAUGUACAUUUUCGGAAAGUUUGACACUUUCACAAAGAGGCUGAAGAAUAUCAUUGCCAUCUUUGACAUGUUCUCUGUUUAUGCGACACUGUCCGAGUCCAAAAUUGAAGGCUUGGAGGUAAUGGCCAACAGGUUCAGCGUGAUUCAGACACAAAUACGUAAAAAGCCGUAUGAUUUCCUGGACCAGAGGAAACAAGAGUUUGCUGGUGAUUACGAUGAUUUCCAGAGACAGAUCAAAGAACUGCAUAAACAAAUCUGUGAGUUUAUGGACAAGAAGUUUGAGAGGAUAACGAGCACACAGCGUGCUAUCACUCUGUUGAUGAAGUUUGAGAAACUGAAGCUCCCUAACCUACCAAUACAGGAGAAAUAUCAGAGAAUUCUCUCACAGUAUGGUAAAGAUAUUGAGAUGGUGUCCAAAAACUAUCAGAAGAACAAAAAUGAGCCACCAGUAGCCAGAGAUUUACCUCCCAUUGCAGGUAAGAUAUCCUGGUCUCGCCAGCUGUUCCGACGUAUCCAGGAACCCAUGGAAAUAUUCCAACAACAACCGUCGCUCCUAGAGAACUCACCAGAGUCUAAGAAGAUUAUCAAAAGCUUCAACAAACUUGCCAAGGUUCUCCUCGAGUUUGAGGUCCUCUAUUAUAGAGGCUGGUUGAGGCAGGUGGAAGCAGCAAAGUCGGGGUUGUCGGCAUCUCUGCUCGUGAAACACCCAGAGACUAAUGAACUGUAUGUGAACUUUGACCCUCAGAUCCUCACAAUGAUCCGAGAGACCGAGUGCAUGGCUAGACUUGGUUUGGAGAUUCCACCAGUUGCCAAAACUAUGAGGACUAAACAAGGAGAAUAUAAGGACAAUUACAAUGCCCUACUGAUGAUGCUUCAAGAGAACAAGAGAGUGAGGAAAAAGAUUCCAACUGCCUUUGAGGAGCUCAUGGGACCACAUAUCAACCGUGUAGAUGAUACCAUUGAACCUGGCCUCACCAAAUUAUCCUGGACAUCACUGAACAUUGAAGAGUACAUCCAGGAUGUUUACAAGCGUCUGGAAGAACUAGAGCUGCUCAUGAUCAGGGCUAAUGAGCUGACUGAAUUCCGUAUUGAUGCAGUCUUACAGGAAAUGGCGACAACGACUCUGUGCAAGCUGCCACAGGAUGAGCCAUGGCCGGUAGAAGAUUUCCUGGAGAACACGCAGGAACUUUGCGCAAAAGGUGCAACGAUCCUUCAGACCAAGAGUCAGGUUGUUCAAGAUGCUGCGACUGAGUUGAUCGACAUGUUGCUUCACCUAGAGGAUAAUGAAGAGGAAAUUGUUGAUGAUGAGAAAAAAGAUGAUGAUGAGAAGAGAGAAGGUACCCCAACUGGAUCUGGUGGCCGUGCCAGUAGCAGACGCUCACGACCUGUCUCUUCAAAGGCCAACUUGGCUGCUAAACGCAAACGUGAACAAAGAGAAAACAUCGAGCAAGCCGCAACAGAUCUACUGAAUCAUUUCAACCACCGUAACCUUGAGGCUCUUAUCAAGGUCACCAAGAACACCCUCGAGGCUCUACGUAAACGAAUCACAUCCAGCUCAAUGGUUCAUUAUAUUGGUGAAUCAGGUGGUUUUGGUAGCGGAGAUGCAAAGAAAGAUAACCGUCCAUUCUUCAAGACGUUCGCCACAUUGGCUAUACCAAACAUAACAAUGAAUCCAGGUCUUGAUGAAGUACAACAAGCUGUUAAUAAGGCUGCACAGCUCAUUGUCAGUACAAGCAAGGGAAUUUCCCAGUGGAACAAAGACCGCAAACGUGAGCGCUCACACUCGGGUGAUCGUGAAGGUCACCACGAUAGACGUAUGAGUGUUGGUAGUGUAGCAGCAUCUGAGGGUUCCCAUGGUGAGAAGAAAAGACCGGAAUUAGAACGCGAGGCAACCAGUCAUACUGUAACGACAACGGCUAAGAAUUAUUUCAAGAAUGUAUCAGAGAAUAAAGAAGUUGCCAAGCUCGUCUCUCUCUUGUCUACAUCUAUUAACUCCACAAAGAAGGAGGUGACAAGUGCCCUUGAGAAGUUUGCUGAUUAUCACUGUAUCUGGGAGAAAGAUCGGGAAGAAGAUCUAGAGGCUUUCUUGAAGGAUAAUCCAAAACUGACCGAGUUUGAGUCUAAGAUAAAAUACUACGAGGAACUUGAGGUCUCUAUUAACAGCCAGCCUGAAUACUACGAUGUUGGCCCUAUUGCUCUCUUUACAGAGAAGCUGAAGUUUGCUUUGAAUGUCGAGACUAAAGCAUGGAGAAUGCAUUAUGGGAAGGCAUGUAACAACAAGUACCGUACAGAAAUGGAGGAGAUAUUUACGUUCAUUGAAGAGCUCAACAAGCGUCUGGGUAGACCUAUCAAGGACUUGGAUGAUAUCAGAUAUGCCAUGGCCGGUUUGAAGGAGAUCAGAGAGCAAGAGAUCAGAAUUGAUAUGAGCAUUGGACCUAUUGAGGAGUCAUAUUCCAUGUUGAUCAAACAUGAUUUACCUGUGGCCAAAGAGGAGACUGAGCGAUGUGAUACCCUGAGAUAUUCCUGGGAAAAAUUGAACGUACAGGCAGCUGAGGUGCAGUCACAUCUGCUUGAUGUACAACCAGAGUUCAAAACGGGACUUAUUGAAAAUGUGAAAACAUUCCUUGUGGAUUGUGACAACUUCUAUGAUGAUUAUAACACUGCUGGACCAAUGGUACCAGGAGUUGCACCACGUGAAGCAUCUGACCGCCUGGUCAUCUGUCAGAAUACAUUUGACAUCCUCUAUAAGAAAUUUCUCACCUACACCGGAGGUGAAGAACUUUUCGGUCUUCCGGUCACAGAUUAUCCGGAACUGCUCAAGAUCAAGAAGGAGCUUAAUUUGUUACAGAAGUUGUAUGGGCUGUACAAUGCUGUCAUAGAUACGGUGCAUGGUUACUAUGACAUUCUCUGGGCUGAUAUUAACAUUGAAAAAAUCAACAAUGAACUCAUUGAGUUCCAGAAUAAAUGCCGUAAACUUCCACGAGCUCUGAAAGAUUGGCCAGCCUUUGAAGAUCUGAAGAAAACAAUUGACGACUUUAAUGAGAUGGUUCCCCUUCUUGAACUGAUGACCAACAAAGCCAUGAAGCCUAGACAUUGGAACCGGAUGGCAGAGGUCACAGGUCAUGUGUUUGACAUAGAAAGUGAUAACUUUACUCUGAGGAAUAUUUUACAAGCUCCAUUGCUAGAGUUUAAAGAGGAUAUUGAGGACAUCUGUAUCUCUGCUGUCAAAGAGAAGGAUAUUGAAGCCAAACUUAAGCAGGUCAUUGCCGACUGGAACAAUCAAGAAUUUACAUUUGCAAACUUCAAGAACCGUGGAGAGCUUCUGUUACGUGGUGAUACAACCAGUGAAAUUGUCUCGUUGAUGGAAGAUUCUCUCAUGGUGCUCAGUUCACUCAUGAGUAACAGAUACAAUGUACCAUUCAAGAAGCAGAUUCAAACCUGGGUACAGAACUUGACCAACUCCUCCGAAAUCAUUGAGAACUGGAUGGUUGUACAGAAUCUCUGGGUGUACCUUGAAGCCGUCUUUGUUGGUGGUGACAUUGCCAAACAGUUGCCUAAAGAAGCAAAGAGGUUCAGCAACAUUGACAAAUCAUGGAUAAAGAUAAUGACACGUGCGCACGAGACACCAAACGUCGUCCAGUGUUGUGUAGGUGAUGAGACAUUGAUGCAGUUGUUGCCUCAUUUACUCGAGCAGUUGGAACUUUGCCAGAAAUCUCUCACAGGAUACCUGGAGAAGAAGAGAUUGUUGUUCCCAAGAUUCUUCUUUGUGUCAGAUCCCGCUUUACUGGAGAUCCUUGGUCAGGCGAGCGACCCCCACACCAUUCAAGCUCAUCUCUUGUCUGUGUUUGACAACAUAAAGACUGUGAAAUUCCACGAGAAAUUCUAUGAUGUUAUCCUGUCAGUACAUUCAACUGAAGGUGAAACUGUGGAG